UAUUCCUAUACAUGAACAUUGCCAAGGCAUCGUUACAAUUAAAAAAACUGAAUUAUACCUGUACUGUUCAAAUAUUUUGUUUUACCAAACAGGCAAACACCACAUGCUAGAUGGGGCCUUCAAAUAUGAUAAUGCAACUACUAAAUUUUAAAAAAUGUACAAGCUAUUACUCUAAUUAAUGAUUUAGUGCAAACUGCCACUUUUAGAAAAAUGAACAAGCAAAUAUGAUAAUGCAACUCCGAAGUAAGGAAAUUGGACAAAUAUUUAAAAACGGUCGGAAAUAAAAAGUGGACCAAGCAUUAAAAAAUAAAGACAGUACAUGUUAAAUAAUAUAUAUAUAUACACUACAAUGUUAUUAAAAUAUACCCCAUAGUUUACAAACUCCAAAGAAAAAAAAAAUAAUUAGAUGGAGGAAAAACAGCUAAAUAUAUUGAUGUAUCCUUGGAUAGCCAUGGGACAUAUAACUCCAUAUUUUCAUUUAGCAAUCAAACUUACUGAAAGAGGCCACAAAGUCACUCUCUUGCUCCCUAACAAGGCUAAACUUCAACUACAAUCCUUAAACCACAAUUAUUCACCCCUUUUGACCUUUCACACAAUCACCAUUCCUCAGGUUGAUCCCCUUCCUCCGGGGACCGAAACCGCCUCCGAUGUCCCCUUCCACCUCCACACCCACCUCGCCACCGCUUUUGACCUCACUCGUCCUCAGGUUGGGUCAAUUGUCUCUACCCUACAACCCGACCUUGUCUUUUAUGACUUUGCACAUUGGGUCCCGGAGGUUGUAUCCCCCGGGACCAAGUAUGUGGUCUAUGUUGUGGUUUCUUCUGCGGCCUUGGCCUUUGGUAUGGUCCCGUCUAGGGACCCACCAAAGGACAGGGCCGCAAUUGAGGAAGACAAUUGUGUUGUCAAUGUACCUCAUGGUUACCCUUCAACUAAGGUUGUCUUGGAGCCGAGGAGGAUGCUAGGCUUGUACGUGCCUUUGGGUGAAGGGCUCACUUUGUAUGAUCGAGUCACCACCGCGUUAAAACGUAGUCAUGUCAUUGCUAUCCGUACUUGCCAAGAGACCGAAGGUAAGUAUUGUGAUUACUUAUCUAGCCAGUAUAAUAACAAGCCUGUCCUCUUCUCGGGUCCAGUCCUCCCGGACCCCGAGAUAGAGGGAGAGUUGGAGGGUCAUUGGGCUAAAUGGCUCAACCAAUUUCGCCCCAACUCAUUGGUAUACUGCUCCUUUGGAAGUCAAUUUGUCCUUGAGGUGGCACAAUUCCAAGAACUCCUCCUCGGGUUGGAAAUGACAAAUUUACCCUUUUUAGUAGCCGUCAAGCCCCCCACAGGUUGUGCUACCGUGGAGGAAGCGUUCCCAGAGGGAUUCGUCGCGAGGACUAAGGAACGAGGCGUGGUCACGGGAGAAUGGGUGCAGCAAAGACUAAUACUAAAUCACGCGUCGGUUGGGUGCUUUGUGAGUCAUUGUGGGUUCGGGAGUAUGUGGGAGUCUUUGUUGAGUGAAAAUCAGAUAGUGUUAAUACCACAACUUGAAGACCAAGUCUUAAACACUAAGAUAAUGGUUGAGGAAUUGAAAGUGGCUGUGGAAGUUGAAAAAGGAGAGGAUGGAUCAUGGGUUUCAAAAGAGAGUUUUUGUAACGCAAUUAAAUGUGUGAUGGAUGAUGGUAGUGAAAUUGGUGGGUUAAUAAAGAAAAAUCACAUGUUAUGGAGGCAAAUAUUAGGUGAUCCAAAGUUCAUGAGUGGUUACAUUGACAAAUUCAUCAAGGAUUUGCAAGGUCUUGUUGGUUGACCUUUAGUUGCUUGUUCUUUUGCAAUUAAAUACAUGUUUUAUGAUUAUUAUGAAUCAAUAAGCUGUGUUUUUACAUUAGAUUUAUGGUUCAAAUUCCUAUUCCUGCUUAUAAAUCUUGUGUUGUGAUCUUAUUUGAUUUUUUUUUUUUAAAAAAACCAUGUUUUUUCUUAUUUUUAAGAAAAAUGAUACAAGAACCUAAAAAGGGAAAUAUUAAAGAA